AUGCUGCGCAAGAGUUUGUUUCUUCUUAACUCCAUGGAUCCGCUGGUAAAAUGUGCCCGACAAGGAGCCGUGGUGACAUUGACGCUAAAUCGACCAAAGCAGCUCAAUGCACUGAAUUACGAUUUGUCAAAUGCGCUGGCGGAAAAUUUGCUUAAUUGCGACGCCGAUCCAUCGGUGUCUGUUGUGAUUCUCACUGGCGAGGGGCGAGCCUUUGUGGCAGGCGCUGACAUCAAGGCCAUGGCAAACCAGACCUUUGUCGAGUUCUACACUCGCAACAUGCUCCAAGGCCUUGAAAUGGUUGCGAAUGCCCGCAAGCCGGUUAUUGCCGCAGUGAACGGCUUAGCCCUCGGUGGCGGCUGUGAGUUGGCGAUGAUGUGCGACAUCAUUAUUGCCAGCGAAAAGGCCAUCUUUGGGCAACCCGAGGUCAAACUUGGGACCAUUCCAGGCGCCGGUGGGACGCAGCGUCUCCCGCGGCUCAUUGGGAAGAGCAAGGCAAUGGAGUGGUUGCUUACGGGAGACCAAUACACGGCAGAGGAGGCGGAGCGCGCCGGGUUGGUAUCCCGCGUCGUAAAGCAUGAGGCUCUUCUACCAACUGCCACUGCAAUCGCGGAAAAAAUCGCUUUGAACAGUACACUAACGGUGUCGUUGGUGAAGGAAUGUGUUAACAAGGCCCUGGAGACAACGCUGGCGCAGGGUCUUGCCUACGAAAAUCGUACCUUUCAGGCUACUUUUGCCACCGCGGACCAGAAGGAGGGCAUGAGUGCGUUUCUGGAGAAGCGCAAACCGAAUUUCCUGAAUGCGUGA